CACAGCAUGACCAAACACUCUUGCUGUCAGUGUGGAGCAAAGGUGAAAAAAAAUUGUUUUGCAAUGAUACUCAAAGCCACAAAGAGAUGAGACAAGCAGAUUUAAUGUAAAUUCGGAACAAUACCAGAGCAGAAAACGGAGCCACGGAGCUUGCUUUAAGGUUACUGGAGCUAUACAGUUGAUUCCAAUGGACAAUGCCAAGAAAUCUCUUGAUGUGUUCUCAACCUCCCUGUCAAAAUGCAUAUCAAUCUGUGGUUCUAUGACCCAGCAGCUCUUACCACGUUGGACUCAACACGCCAGACCCUUCCGGGUCAUCGACUCUGAUCGCUCCAUUAAGAAAGGCAUCAUGGCAAGUCACCUGAGAGACCUACGGAAUAAGGUUAUGGAUGCAUUUCACAUGCAUUGUGUCAGUGCUUUAGUGUUGGAUGAGGAUGGAACUGGAGUGGAUACUGAGGACUUUUUCCAGACCUUAAAGGACAACACUGACCUCAUGGUCUUAGGGAAAGGACAAAAGUGGGCCCCACAGCAGAGACACCUACCGGGUCAGAAGAAAGUAGAAAGAAAAAAUACAACGAAGAGUGAUCCUGGAUUCGGCUGGACACAGAUGAGGAAGGAUGUAGCCAAACUGACCUUUGAUCUUUACAAAAACCAUCCAAAUGAUUUUAUUGGAUCCUUAAAUGUACAGGCAACCUUGUAUGGAAUGUACUCUGUUUCAUAUGAUUUGCAGUGCUAUAAGGCAAAAAGGAUGCUAAGGGAAGCCCUAAGAUGGACCCUGUUCACUAUGCAGACCACUGGCCAUGUAUUAGUGGGUACUUCAUGUUAUAUUCAGCAUCUCAUUGAUGAGGAUGAGAAAGCGGAGGCACAAAUGGUAACGCCUACAUGUGUCAUCAAGCAGUUACAACAUUAAAUGAUGGUGGCCUGUUUCACAGCUUGGGCAAACUAAAAAAAAUGUUUUACUUGUAGAUUUAUAUCUUGCUUUUGUUUCUAAAAGCAUUUUUGUGAAUUAUUUACUUCUGUAUAAACAGUAA